CCGACCCCGACCCCGGCCCUGACCCUGACCCUGACCCUGACCCCGACCCUGACCCUACGCUGAUGGAGCCUCGGUGGAUCGUCUGGCUGCUGAACUGAAACUCGUCUUUCCUUCCAGCUUCAACUGCAGAGAAAAGGAGGAAGGAAAUGGCUGCAGCUAAAACUCCAUGUUUGGUUUUUAUUCACUGUUGGCUUUUGGAAUCUGACAGUUUAAUAUUUGGCUUAUUAGUUUUACUAAACUUAAUUUUAUUGCUAUUUUAUCAUUUAUCUACCUGUGAUGUUUGUUGUGAAGCACUUUGGCUACAGAAAUAAACUUUGACUUUGACUGAAGCUCUGCAGAUGCGGUUUCAAUCCGGUUUUGAUCCGGUUUCUAACAAGACGACUCGGUUUAACCUGGAGGUUCUGAAGGAACUCUGAAAAUCUGACCCAGUUACAUAAAAUCGUGAUUUUUAAAAAAAAGAAAGUUUAAAUCUUGAUGCUGCGUUCAAUUGCCCCUCAUCAAAAUGAGCUUAAAGUGUGAUGUCAGUUUGUGCCUCUGACCCUGGGGCAGAUAGAUCUGGGUCACAUAGAUCAGAGCAGGAAGUCUAUAACUUUCCUGCAGCGUCAGCUAGCUACUGUUAGCUUGAAGAACACUGUGGGGUAGAUCAAUGAACUAUUCAUUUCUCUGCACUGCUUUAACUUCCUGUGAGGUUCUUCCUGUAAAGGCGAGUGACCUUCGACCUCUGCCAGGUCAGCGCCUGCCGACCGCUGCUUUAACAACACUCAGUCCAAAUGCAGCAUCGGUAAUCUGCCCCGUUAGAGGCAACAGGAGCACAAGGCUAACGUCAGCGCUACGCUAGCAUGCAGGAAUUAAUAUGAAAGAAGAAGAAAUGGAUGAGAACCGGAUGAUUCUGCAGCAGGUCCAGCUUCACACUUUACACCAGGCUGUCAUAUUUGAAUACAAUUAUUCAUUCAGUCAAUCCAAAACAAUCUGUGGGAACAUUUAAUCUAAUCCUGGAAAUCAUCCAGCUGGUAGGUUCGGGUCAAAGGUCACCUGAUGACAUCACAAUGUAGAGGCUAAGAUCUACUUCUCCUUCCCUGGAGAGCUGCUGAUGAGGAUGCUGAAGAUGCUCAUCCUUCCUCUCAUCACGUCCAGCCUGAUGUCCGGCCUGUCGUCCAUGGAGUCCAAAGCGUGCUGCAGGAUGGGCGUCCUCACCGUCACCUACUACCUGUGGACCACCUUCAUCGCCGUGGUGGUCGGCAUCAUCCUCGUCCUCAUCAUCAAGCCCGGCACGGGGACGGAGAUGGAGAGCAACCGUCUGGGCGGCGGGCCGGUCAUGACGUCGGCCGACGCCCUGCUCGACCUGAUCAGAAACAUGGUUCCCUCCAACCUGAUCGAAGCCACGUUCCAGCAGUACAAAACGGACCUGAUCCCCAUCCUCAGAGUCCCAACCAAAACCAUCCAGCCCAACUUUGUCUACGUUGUCCCAGACGACAACGACCCUAAAGGACAGACAGUCUACCUGGAGCUGACUCCGCCCCCAGACGUCAUCUACAAGACGAGUCCUGGCAGCAGCCAGCAGAUGAACGUCCUCGGCAUCGUUAUCUUCUCUGCCACCAUGGGUCUGCUGCUGGGCAGGAUGGGAGAACGCGGCGCCCCGCUGGUCAACGUCUGCCAGUGCAUCAACGAGUGUGUGAUGAAGAUCAUCAACGCUGCCGUGUGGUACUUCCCGUUUGGGAUCAUCUUCUUGGUGGCAGGGAAGAUCCUGGACAUGCAGGACCCGAGCACGCUGGGCAAGAAGCUGGGCUGGUAUGGCAUCACCGUCCUCACCGGCCUCUUCGUCCACGGCCUCGUCCUCCUGCCUCUCUUCUACUUCCUCCUCACCGGGAAGAACCCGUUCAGCUACAUCCGGGGACUCCUGCAGGCCAUGGUCAUCGCGCUGGCCACCUCCUCCAGCUCCGCCACGCUGCCCAUCACCAUGAAGUGCCUGCUGGAGAACUGCCACGUCGACCGGCAGAUCGCCCGCUUCGUCCUGCCUGUGGGAGCCACCAUCAACAUGGACGGCACGGCGCUGUACGAGGCUGUGGCGGCCAUCUUUAUCGCUCAAGUCAACGAUUACGAGCUGGACCUCGGCCAGCUGGUCACCAUCAGCAUCACGGCCACGGCCGCCAGCAUCGGAGCCGCCGGCAUCCCUCAGGCCGGACUGGUUACCAUGGUGAUCGUCCUCACCUCCGUGGGCCUGCCGCCUGAUGACAUCACACUGAUUGUGGCCAUUGAUUGGAUCCUCGACAGGUUUCGCACCAUGAUCAACGUCCUUGGCGACGCCCUGGCCGCAGGCAUCAUCGCACACCUGUGCCGAAAAGAUUUUCCUCUGAGCGAAACAGGAAAGGUAAAAAUCAGGCACCAGCCAAGAGACGAAGCAGGUCCAGAACCUUUUACUGACCGGGUCGGGUCCAUUCGGGUCGGGUCCAGCCGGGCCGGGUCCAUCCGGGUCGGGUCCAUCCGGGUCGGGUCCAUUUGGGUCGGGUCCAUUUGGGUUGGGUCCAGGCGGGUCGGGUCCAUCCGGGUCGGAGUGGUUCUCCUGACAUGGAUCCGGAUCAGUUUGUUUCCUGGAGACUUUAGAGGUUCCACAAAGUUUUAGUCAGAAAAACUGCAAAGAUCAGAUCUUCCUUCACGUGUUUCCAGCUGAAUUUAUGGAGAGCAGAGAAAUCAGGAAUGUUCUAACCGGUUCUGUUUCCCUGCAGGCGGUUCCGUCGUACGGAACCCAGCACCGCCACAGCAACUCCUACAGCAUCAGCGUUCCCAUGACAGAGAUCCACCGCGCCCCGCCGGGCGACCCGCCGGACCCGCCG